AUGCCUGACCUUUUGCGCUAUCGGCAUCGUCGAUACCCCAUCCAGGUGUCCGUCCCAGCGUGCAGCCACGGCGGGGCUGCGGGCGGGAUGCACAACCAUGCUGCGGACAGUUUCGAGCUUUUCUUCUCUCCGGAGACGAACACGUGGUUGAAAGCGGACGCCAUGGAAGCGUGCGAGUACGAGCAGGCCGUGCAGGCGUGCCUGGCGUCGCUGCACCCGUCGCCAGCCGUCGCCGUGACGGUGGAGCGCGAGAAUCUCAGUCGCAUCCGUGCGUCGCACGCUGUGCUCCCCGAGAACGGACUCGAUUACAGCGCUUCCGGGUGCGAGCAGCAGCCCGGGGCUGCAGCGGGCACCUGCGCCAUGCGCCAACCCAGCAGCCCCUACCUUAUCACGCCCUCCCGCCCUGACCUGGGGCUGGAGAAGCGGGAGGGGGAGAACGGGGAAGCGGAGACGGCGGAGACGGCGGAGCGGGAGGGGGAGGACGGGUACAGCCCGCCCUUCGCCCUGAGAGCCACUGAGGCCCGCACUGCCCGCUGCCGCGGGAAUGAGAGGGGCGGGGGAGGAGGGCGCGCGCGGAACAGGACUUUGGCGGGCGAGCGGGUGGGCGCUGUGGGGGAUGAGGAGGAGCAUGGGGUGCCGGCGGUUGAUGGGGCGGAGUUGGGGAGUGUAGAUGGGGAUGCGCGAGAGGAUGGAGGGACGACGGUGGACGAGACGCUGGAUUUGAGGUGGCCUGGUUGGAGUGCUGAUGGGGACCCGCGAGAGGGUAGUGGAGGGGCGAAAGCAGACGAGAGGUUGGAGUGCACUCGCCUGGAGGUGCGUGCUGGUGGAAGUGAGGGUGUUGAGGUGCUUAAGACGUGCUUCAUACUGCUGCUCUAUCUCCUCCCUCCCCUUCCACCCCUCCCUUUCGCUCCCCCACCAUCCCCCCCAGCUGCCGGAGUACUUCGCUCUGAGCUUCGCCCACGGGCUGCUCUCCCCUUCGCCCCCCUCACCCCCGUCGCCCCUCGCCCCCCCUCGCCGCUCUGCUACCUCGUGCCCCUCAUUCCCAACCCCAAUCUCUCCCCCAUUCCUCCCUCACUUCCCUUCCUUCCAUCCCCACCAGCUCGCGGAGCUCUUCGCCCUGAGCUUCGCGCACGGGCUGCGCGCCCCCUCGCCCGCCUCGCCCCUCGCCCGCUUCGUGGCAGCCCAGGGCAUGCAGCGCACACGCGCCUUCCUGCUGCUGCCACCACGGUCACGGACCCUCCCCCUACCCCGCCCGGAACAGACACAGGGAAUGAUCCCAAGCAGGACUGGUGUCCAAGCCCUCCCCCUCCUGCUGACACUUACACUGACCCAGGCUCUGUAACUGCCGACCCUGCAUCUACUGGUGCUCCUGCUGGUGAUACUAAUACCUAUACCGAUUCAGGUGCUGCUGUGGAUCCUGCAUGGGGUGCUGGUACUGACCCUAAUGCUGCUACUGCGGAUAACACUGCUGACAUUGCAGCUGCCACUGACGCGGCUGCUUCUUCAGGUGCAUCUUCAGGUGCUACCGACGCCUCAGGUGCUUCCUCAGGUGUCGACGGUUCAGUCUCCUUUGUGUCGAACGAGGGAGGUGACCCUAGCAGCAGUGACAGUAGCGGUGGUGACAGCAGCGGAGGUGACAGUAGCGAGGACGAGGGGCCUCUAACGAGCAACCCAUCGUAUGGUGCCACGAUGGGCGGGGACGAAGCAAUGGAUUCGACCACGUGCAACAUAUACGAGGGCGAGUGGGUGUGGGACGAGGACAACCGUCCUGCGUACAACAUGGACUCUUGUCCCUUCAUAAACUCUGUGUCGCCCACAACCAACUGCCUCAGACAGAAGUACGGCCGGCAGGACCACUCAUGGAUGCGCUACUCGUGGAAGCCAAAGCAGUGUGGCGGCAACAUCCUUCGCUUCCAAGCGGCCGACUUCGCCCAGAAGAUGCAAAACAAGGUGAUAACUCUUGUUGGCGACUCUUUGAUUACAGACGGCUUCAUGCCCUCGCUGCUCUGCCAGUUGGCGCAGGUGGGCACGGUGAGCCGGGUGGAGGGCAGUGCGCUGGGCAGCUUUGUGUGGCGCCUGGACUCGCACAACUUAACCAUCGCCAACUACUGGAGCCCCUUCCUCAUGUGGACCUCUGCCAAUCCCGUGGUUAUUCGCAAGCUGAGGGUGCAGGAUCCAGGCCUGGGAGACACAGCAGUGAACCUGGGCGCGUUUGACCCGCAGUGGUUCGACCAGGUGCAGGCCAUGGACCUCAUCGUCUUCCAGUCCGCCACGCACUGGCCGCACGCUGAGAGGUGGCUGCGGCGCUUCUUUGUGGACCGCAAGUGGCACCGCCUCGACCCCGAGCCCGACACCAUGACUGCAUACAAGCAAGCACUCAACAAGCUGGGAAAGUCAUUCAAUGCGGGCAACAGCAAGCGCUGGGACCUGCCUGUGCCCUACUUUCUCUCCGCACCUCCCCGCCUCGUUAACUGCCAGGGCUCCUACACCCCUGCCAACAGAUCCACGCAGUACGAGCACAUGGUGCGCGGGAACCCUCAGAGCCGCAAGUGGUUCCCCGCACAGCGGGACGUUCUGAGUCCCAGCAAGAACAUUCGUUUCGUGGACAUCACCCACCCGUCGUUGUACAGAAGCGAUGCCAUGCUGGCAUCUCAGUCGCCUGACAGCAAGGACUGCCUGCACCCGUGCCUGCCCGGGCUGCCUGACAUCUGGGUCGACUUGUUUUAUGAAGUCUGGAAGGCUGACCCGGAGUUCAACAGUUGA